AUGAAAGUGGACGAAUCAGAAACAAAGCUACUGCAGCUAAAGCACCAAGAUCUAAGGAACCAUCUGAACCCAAGCCCACUCAACUUGGCUGAAUGGCUUGAAGGCAGUAAGCAGGUUGAACCAGGUCUGUGGCCCGAUUACAAGCCUGACAUGGCGAAACUGCUGUACAAAGAUUUGUCAACCUGGCGCUCUGAUUUGAAGAAAAUAGCAGUCGCCAUAGCACCCACCAUGUAUAGCCUCAUCCCCCCACCCAAAGUACAGAAUACCACUAAGGAGCUUUUGGAUGAUUCGCUUUUUCUUUGCAAUGGUGUGGAUGAACUGGGGAAGACUAAUAAUGCUGCUCACCCUGCACUCUGGGAGGCUGCCAUCAGUUUCUUCUAUACCGGAUCUUAUUGUGUUGCUUGCAGGAGGCCAGAGAUUUUCAAGAAGGAGAUACCGUUGAACAGUCUAGCUUUGAUUUGCACCGCAUACCAUUGUGUCCUGGACAGCUUUAUCAAGAAUGGCAAUGGAAAAUCAUUCCCAAAAUAUUCUGCUAAAGAAUAUAGCACUAACUAUCAGUCAAUGAUUGCUCUACUCAAGGAUGUCAAGAAUGAUCCAUACCAUGGACCUAAAUUGAUGUGGCAACUUCGCGAGUGGGCCGCAGAAGGAUGGACAGAGUCUUGCAAGCUUGACAGGAGGGACACAACAAAGCAUAAUCAUUUGCGAGUCAUCUUGGAUUAG